AUGUCUGAUUUUCUACCGCCGACAACCCCACCUCCUCCGAAAGUCCCAGAAGGCUGGAAGGCAGUAUGGAAUGACCAGUACAAAGAAUGGUUCUAUGUGAAUCUCCACACCAAACAGUCGACAUGGGACAAACCAACAGAACCCGCGCCACAACCCGGACAUGACGCUGCCCCGGCAGCCCCGCCACCUUCCUAUUCCGCCGGCACCAACGAUCCGGUAGUCGGCGACGUCAAAAGGCCACUUGAAUCUAACAACCCCUACAGCUCAUCGUCUACACAGCCCGGUGGCUCCCACGAGACCGACGAGCAAGUCGCCCGCCGCCUACAGCAGGAAGAAGAACAACGGAAUCGCGGCGCAAGUGAUGGCUACUACCAAAACUCGUCUACACCACAGCCACCCGGGAUCCAAGGCGGGUAUCCUGGUGCCCCUCAACCCAUGAGUCCCGACCGCGGCUCCUCAGGAGGCAAGAAAGGAUUUCUCGGGAAGCUGCUGGGCAAGGCCAGUGGCGGUGGUUCGUCUGGCUACGGUCAGCAGGGAGGUUACCCCCAACAACAGCAAUACGGUGGAUAUCCCCAACAACAGCAGUACGGUGGAUAUCCCCAACAGCAACAGUACGGCGGCGGCUAUCCUCAGUAUGGGCAAGGUCCCGGAUAUGGAUACGGACAGCCAGGUCCAGGCUAUGGUGGUGGGGGAUACGGCGGUGGCUAUGGUCGACCUCCACCACGCAAAGGCGGCAUGGGUGCAGGUGGUGCCGCCGCUCUCGGUGUGGGUGGUGGUCUGCUAGGCGGUAUGCUCAUUGCUGAUGCUGUCAAUGAUGGCCAACAAGAUGCCUACCAGGAUGGCUACGAAGAUGGUGGUGGCGGUGAUGACUUUGGAGGCGGAGAUUUCUAG